GGCGCAUGGUCACGUGGGCCCGGCGCGGGAAGCCGCGCGAGAGCUGCCCGCUGGGUGCGUGAGUCGGCGCCGCCGCGUGCUGUGCGCUGCACGGGAACCCGCCCGUCCGCCGCCGCGGCGGAGUCUGGAGCCACAAUGGAUACUGCUAGCCAUAGCCUUGUCCUCCUGCAGCAGUUGAACAUGCAGCGAGAAUUUGGUUUUUUGUGUGACUGCACAGUUGCUAUUGGAGAUGUUUACUUCAAAGCCCACAGAGCAGUGCUUGCUGCUUUUUCUAACUAUUUCAAGAUGAUAUUUAUUCACCAAACAAGUGAAUGCAUAAAAAUACAACCAACUGACAUCCAGCCCGACAUAUUCAGCUAUUUGUUGCACAUUAUGUACACAGGAAAAGGGCCAAAACAGAUUGUGGAUCAUAGUCGUUUGGAAGAAGGGAUUCGAUUUCUUCAUGCUGACUACCUUUCUCACAUUGCAACUGAAAUGAAUCAAGUGUUCUCACCAGAGACUGUGCAGUCCUCAAAUUUGUAUGGCAUCCAGAUUUCAACAACCCAGAAAACUGCCGUCAAGCAAGGACUAGAGGUCAAAGAAACUCCUCCCAAUAACAUUGGAAACAGAGCUGCUGUCCAGGGUGACCACCCCCAGUUGCAGCUCUCACUUGCCAUUGGGCUAGAUGAUGGCACUGCAGAGCAGCAGAGGGCCCAUCCUGCUGCCCAAGCCUCAGAGGAGCACCAGAAGCCCCCAGUGUCCAUCAAGCAAGAGCGAUGUGAUCCAGAGUCAGUGAUCUCCCAGGGCCACUCCUCACCCUCAUCAGAGGUGACAGGGCCCUCUUUUACAGAAAACAGUAUCAGAGUUCACUUAUGCCAUUACUGUGGGGAGCGUUUUGAUUCCCGUAAUAACCUGAGACAGCAUCUCCAUACCCAUGUGUCUGGAUCUCUCCCAUUUGGUGUACCUGCUUCCAUUCUGGAAAGUAAUGACCUUGGUGAAGUACAUCCACUUAAUGACAAUAGUGAGGCCCUUGAAUGCCGGAGGCUCAGCUCCUUCAUUAUCAAAGAAAAUGAAGAGCAGCAGCCAGAGCCCUCCAACCGGGGUACCACAGAGCCUUUGCAGAUCAGUCAAGUGUCUUUGAUCUCCAAAGACACAGAGCCAGUCGAAUUAAACUGUAAUUUUUCUUUUUCAAGGAAAAGAAAAAUCAGCUGUAGCAUCUGUGGCCAUAAAUUUCUUCGAAAGAGUCAAUUGCUGGAACACAUGUAUACACAUAAAGGUAAACCUUACAGAUACAACCGAUGCCAGAGGUUUGGUAAUGCAUUGGCCCAAAGGUUUCAGCAGUAUUGUGACAGCUGGUCCGACAUUCCCUUGAAAAGUUCUCGCUUAUCACAAGAACAUGUAGACUUGCCUUGUGCCUUAGAGUCAGAGCUCACACAAGAAAAUGUGGACACAAUCCUUGUUGAGUAGCAGCUUCUCCUUCAGAAUUGUUAGCCAAUCCUAAAAAAAUCCACAUGCCAUUUUUUUUCUUGGAUUAUUUUCCUCCUCAA